CCAAGCAAAGUUGAUCAACGUGAUUAUUACAUUUGCAAUCCAUACACCAAGAAAUGGGUUGCUCUUCCUCCCCCUCCUCGAAUCCAUAAUUGGGUUGAGGGUUGUGCGACUACGUCAGGAGUUCUAUGUGGACAUCUUCUUUUCUGAAACCGGUGAAUGGAGAGAGUCCGCUAAUAUGGUAUGCGGCCUGCGAAAUUAUUUUGAUAUCGUAACUGCUGGCAUUGCUUGCAAUGGGAAGUUGUAUUUUUCAGGUUCCGAUCAUGCAUCCUCCUAUAUUCUGGAGUUGGAUCCCUUCCAAGGUAUCAGUAAUAUCAGUACUAGUAAUGGUGAUGGUGAUGGCGAUCAUAUUAUUGUUGACAAAUGUCGGUUCAGUCUGGCACCUCUUGAUAUGUUGGCUGAAGUGCGGGGAUAUUCCAUUUCGAUGUAUCGGGUUCUUGGUGCAUGUCGAGGGCAUUUGCGGGUGUCCGAGUUUCUGCUUGGUGAUCAUUUGAGUGUCUGGGAGUUAGAUGCCGGCGAUGAUAAUUUGAAAUGGCGUUUGGUGGUCGACAAAGUUCCCUUCUUCCAGAUGGAUUCUCCCAAUUCUAACUAUCUGAAGUGCAGGGAAAUCCCAUUUCGUUGUAUCGGGUUCUUGGUGCAUGUCGAGGGCAUUUGCGGGUGACCGAGUUUGUGCUUGGUAAUCAUUUGUGUGUCUGGGAGUUGGAUGUGUUGGAAGUUUGAAAGCAAAUGUCCCCCAUUGGAGAAAAACAAAAGGUUCCAUAUGCUUUAUAAGCAUGAAACCUUAACAUGAAUUAAAUAAAGAAUGGUGGGCUGAUGGGCUUGGUAGUGAAGACUAUCAUGGUUGGCUUGCUUGAUUAAUAUUAAUAUUUAAUAAUCAAGACCUCCACAUAUUAAUAUUUAAUAAUCAAGACCUCCACAUAGUUACCCACCAACUAGCACCAAUAUUGUCCCCAACUUAGCCACCUAAGUCCAAUAGAUUGGUCAAGCCAAUUAUAGGUGUGGGGUUUUCCCUAAAGGCCUUGGUGCUACUAGGGGUCUCUGGAAAAUAAAAGAAAUAUACCUAGCCCGAAAAUAAAAUAAUUAUUUUUUAAUUUUCGGAUUUCUUU